UCGGAGCAAAGAUGGACUCCUAAGAAAUUUUUAUACACAGCAGUCAUUCGACUUUGGAUUUUCUUGAUUAAAUUUUCUUGAAACGUUCGAGAUUAUUCUUAUAUGACCAAGCCUGCCGUGUGAACAAUGAUUGUACAGGAGCCAGUACAGGCAGCCAUAUGGCAUUGUUUAAAUCAUUAUGCUUAUCCAGACGCAAUAUUUUUAGCAGAAAGGUUGUGUGCAGAAGUUGAUACAGAAGAAACUUUAUUUCUUUUGGCAACAUGUUAUUAUCGAUCAGGACAAGUUAGACAAGCUUAUGCAUUACUUUCCAAAAAAGCUUUAAAUUCUGCACAGUGCAGAUUUCUUUUAGCCAAAUGCUGUUAUGAUUUAGAGAAAUAUGCAGAAGCAGAAGCAGCAAUAAUUGGGGGAUAUUAUAAGCAAUUAAAAAAUCUGGAAGAAAUAGCAACUCAAUUUGGAGAACAUGCAUGCUUUUCACUGCAAAUUAUAGCUAAGAUAUAUUACAAAAUGAUGCGUACUGCAAAAGGAAACGAUGCACAUAAAUUAGCUUUAAAGUUAAAUCCAUUUCUUUGGCAUUCAUUUGAAGAAUUGUGUAAUGUUGGUGAAGUAGUAGAUCCUACAAAAAUUUUUCAGUUAGAUAAGCUAGAUAAUUUUGCAAUGUGCCAUGGUAGUACACCUACUCCCACUUAUAUAACUGAAUCUGAUCUCAUUGUACCUACUAAUAAUUCAAAUGGUACACCUACCACAAAUGGCACUAGUGUUACUCCUGCACAAAUGACAACAGCAUCAACUAUAAUGAAUGGUAUUGGACCUGGUAUACGAUUAUAUUCUUCUAUAGAGGAAAGUCCACAAAGUUUACCUACACAUUAUAGUAAUUGUUCUUCAGUAUCACCACGAGCAAAACUUCCACGGUAUCGUAGUAUGUUCAGUAAUACAAUGAGCCCUCUUACUCCAAGUUUUGGUAUUUUACCAUUGGAAAGCAAUACCCCUGAACCAACAGUUUUACCUUCACAUACUACUCUUACAGAAGCUAAUGAUCAGAAAAGUCUAGCAAAACGUGUUAGUAGUUUAAGGGCUCACGUAGGGCAAUUAAUGUCAAGAAAAGAAACUCCUUUACAGCAAGGGAAACCAGUAUUUUCACAAUCAGGAAAUACAAGUAAUAGCGCCAAUAUUGUAACAGUUACACCUACUACUCCAACACCAGCAUCACCAACGCUACAAGGUACCAAUGUUAGACGUUCAUCAAGACUCUUCAGUCAUAGCUACUCAGUCAAGGAAAAUAAUAAAUCUCCAAAUAGAAAUAAAUUUGCCACUCCGAAAUCUCCAUCACGAAAAACAAAAGCUAGACUCUCAAAAACUAACUUAAAUAAAGCUAAUUUUAAUGAGUUAAAUGAAAGAAAUCGGAACGAGAAAGAAAAAACGGAAACGAUAACAUCAGAAAAAGCUAUUGCCAGUGUAAAUGCUUUAAACAGUCAAAGUAACACUAACGUUUGUGCAGUAACACUGCAGAAACAGUGUGCUGAGGGUUUAAUGUCAUUACUACAAGAAUUAGGAUUGGCAUAUCAACAUUUAAGUCAAUUUAACUGUACCCAAGCAGUUGAAAUAUUAAGUGUUCUUCCAGCACAACAUUAUAAUACAGGAUGGGUAUUAUCUAUGUUGGCUCGUGCACAUUUUGAAAUGAUAGAUUACAAAAAAGCUGCUAGUUAUUUUGCCGAAGUGAGGCAGUUGGAACCUCAAAGGACUGAACUUAUGGAAAUUUAUAGUACUGUUUUGUGGCAUUUGCACGCUGAAGUAAGACUUUCCACUCUUGCACAAGAACUUGUUUCUGAAGAUCGUAAUUCUCCAGCUGCUUGGUGCGCUACUGGAAAUUUGUUCUCUGCACAAACGGAACAUGAAACGGCAAUCAAAUUCUUUCAAAGAGCUAUACAAGUAGAUCCUAAUUUUCCAUAUGCUUAUACAUUACUUGGCCAUGAAUAUGUCCUGACAGAAGAAUUGGAUAAAGCAAUUACUGCAUUUCGUAAUGCUAUCAGACUCGAUCCUAGACAUUAUAAUGCAUGGUUUGGGUUAGGAACAAUUUUUUCUAAACAGGAACAAUACAGCUUAGCAGAAUUGCAUUUUCAGCGUGCUUUGCAAAUUAAUCCACAAAAUUCGGCAAUAAUGUGCCAUAUCGGUGUUGUGCAACAUGCACUAAAAAAAACUGAUGAAGCUUUAAAGACUUUGAACACUGCAAUUACAAACGACCCAGAUAAUACAUUAUGCAAAUUUCACCGUGCAAGUAUUAACUUCUCAAUUGGUCGGCAUGCGGAAGCACUUAGAGAAUUUGAGGAAUUAAAAAAUAUUGUACCCAAAGAGUCUCUAGUCUAUUAUUCGAUAGGAAAAGUACAUAAAAAGUUGGGUAAUACCGAUCUUGCACUAAUGUACUUUAGUUGGGCGACAGACUUAGAUCCAAAGGGUGUCAGUCAAAUUAAAGAAGCUAUAUUAAGUCCAGGUCAAGGCGAUGAAGAAUCUCCAGCAAAUCAAUCAGACGAACAACAAAUGCAGAAUAAUUCAAUGGAACAAGAGAUUGAAACUAAUAGAGAAGCAAGUGCCGCGGUGCUCGCCGCAAAUGUCUCUGUUGAAGCUCAUGCCGAUGACAGCGACGAUAGCUUAUGAAGAUAUCCUAUUGUGUGCAAGAUUGCUAUAAAAUGAGGCAUUAUUGCGCGUCACUGUUUACUUUUUUAUUGAUCGAUUCGAUCAAUUUUUCAACUAAUUUAGCUCAUUGUGAAUUCAUACUUUC